AUUAAAGUGUUUAUUUUGUAAGUGGAUGUGAUUAAUAAAAGGGACGAGGAUGAGCUGUAACAAUGUGCCCUCUAAAGUGGACGUGAUGGGAUGGAACCAGCAGAGUCUCGCUGACUACAUGAGGAAGCUCAAGUUAUCUGGUUGUGACAAAUUAGUGAUGAGGAGCAGCAUAACUGGAGCACAUUUCUUGCAAAUGGCAUCGUGUGAGCUCCAAGUGUUCCCCAGCCUUUAUGUCCCAAUAAUAUCUAAGAUCCAGAGUGACAUCAACAAGGGGGAACAGAAGAGGGCUUUUGGUCAAAAAUCAAAAGCACAAAAGUACCCAAAGCAAGUCUUACCUGCACAACAGGAAGAAGUUUGGGACUCCAAUGAGUUUGACAAUGACAGUGAUCCUGACAAUGGAGGCGGUGUCCAGGAAGAGGACGGCUACAUCUGUGCUCUGAGUGAGCCUCAAGACGCAGACGACACGUACGAGGAGAGCUACGAGGCGCCGCCCUCUGUAGACACACUGAAGCCCCCCCCACCUCCCAGAGUGCAGCACAGUCACAACACAGAUGCUGUUCCAGAGCCGAUCCCUGCUGAAAGGAAGUCAAAGGCUGCAUACCCUCGGACCACAAGCAACAGCCAUAUUCCUCAAAGACCUGUCAAUGCGCUACCCCCCCAACCCAAUCUACCUGUGGACAGGAGCAAGAAGCCCUCCCAGACCGACGUUGCAAAAUCAAAGGGCAGUGCUGUCAAGGCUCCCGACUCAUUGACAGGCAGGAUCCCAAAACCCAGAAUCCCCAGAGCUACAGAUGUGUUCAACAGAAUAAGUAAACGCUCUCAAGUUCCUUCAGCGCCCACACAGCCUGCUCCGGUUAAAUCAAUUCAAGAACCAACAAAGUGCAUUGAGGGUUUGGAUCCCAGUUGGUAUGGAGGGCAGGUGACCAGACGUGAAGCUAAAGCUGCUCUCAGAGAGAUGAACAAGGACGGAGCGUUUGUGGUGAGGGACAGCUCACAGGGCGCACUUGAGCAGCCUUACACCCUGAUGCUGCUGAAACAAGGCAAGGUUUACAACAUUAUGAUCCGUAACCAAGGCAACUCCUACUCCCUGGGCACCGGCCUCAAAACCACCAAGAGUUUCCCCGGGGUGAAGGAGAUGAUUAUCCAUCACACACACACCCCUCUGCUGCUCAUUGAUGCCACAGCCCGGAGCUCUGAAGCACAGAACCAGUGCUGUCUGCUGCACCCUGCGGGACUCUGACCACCACCAACCUAAUGGGGCUGUUUACUUUGGUUUCUGUAUGCUAAUGUGAUGAAUCAACAACCCAAAACAAAUGUCACCAUUUUCACAACCACCAAGGUCAUUGUUAUGCAAUUCCUCUUUUGUAACUUGUUUUGCAUUUUGACUAAGCAGAACGGGGAAAAAGGGAAUAUUACAACAUGGCUGGUGGUUUGUAUAUUUUAUUAAACCAUGUUUUCCCAGACA